AUGGUUCAGAUUAUUAAAGACAUGGAUGAAUUUAGCAGAUUUUUGAAAGCUGCUGGGUGCAAACUUGUGGUGGUUGAAUUUUCAGCAAAAUGGUGUGGUCCUUGCAAAAGGAUUUAUCCUCUUGUUCAUGCAAUGUCUCUGCAAUACCAAAAUGUAAUGUUUGCUAAUGUGGAUGUGGAUGAUUCUAAGGAGUUGGCCCAAACUUAUCACAUCAGAUCAGUACCCACAUUUCAGAUGUUCAAGCAAACCCAGAAGAUUUUUGAAUUUUGUGGAGCUGAUGCUCAAAAGUUGGAAGCGAAGAUUCAAGAAUUAAUGUAA